AUGGUCAGACAAGCCGCCAAGACACCCGAUGUCAACCUGGAUUGGAGUGUGCAAGACCUUCAAGGCUUUGCCCAUGUCUUCAAUCACAGACCACAACAUUCUCACUCCAAGAAACCCAACAAUGGGAUCAUGCCCCAGGUCUAUGGCCAAAUUGUUCCUGGAAUAUUUGUUCCCAGUAUUUGA